AUGUCUACUAGAGCCCUUGUUGUCGGCGGUACGAACGGUAUCGGAUAUGCCAUGGCAUGCCGAAUCGCCAUCGACAACCCGUCAUCCACCGUGAUCAUCAGCGGUCGCAAUAAGCCAGCCAUGAUUCCUCACCCCAACAUCGAGUUCCUUGCUGUUGACGCCUCAUCCAUGCUUCAAAUCAAGCAGUACACAGACAAAUUCAUAACUUCCCACAGGGCCCAGAAGCUCGAUUUUCUCAUCAUGACGCAGGGUAUUUUCACCAUGGCCGGCCGUACAGAAACCGCCGAGGGCAUCGACAACAAGAUGGCUCUCCACUACUAUGGCAAACAGCUUCUCAUUAGAGAACUUCUCCCAGUGCUGAAAGAUAAUGCCAUGGUGAUAAUUGUUCUGGAUGGCAAAAACGGUGCCCCAGCGAAGCUGGACUGGAACGAUCUGGAUUUGAAAAGGACUUACAGCUUGCCCAGUGCUGCCUACCACUGCAUCUCGAUGAAUGAUGCCAUGAUCCAGUUCCACGCCGCACAGCAACAGCAGAACGGCAACUCAAAAAGGCACUUUGUUCAUGCCUACCCCGGCGUGGUGGCGUCCAACAUCAUGGCGGGCCUGCCUUGGUAUCUGCGCGGGCCAUCUCAGAUCCUGAUGAAGAUGGCAGCGGUGUCAACAGACACAUGUGCUGAGUAUUUGUUGCAAGGAGUAUCUGAGGUCACCCAGAAGGCCGAGAAGGAGGGAAGGUUUUGGAGCAACAUUGAUCAGAAAGGGCGAGCGGUACCAGACAAGGCAAUCUGGACUGAGGAGCAGCUGAAGUCAGUAUCUGACCACACCUGGACAUUGAUUGACAGUGCACUCAAGUGUACCGCCUGA